ACGCGAUUGGCUGAAUCAGAGCUGUGGACUCGGCCGGUUCGUUGAGCUCGUGAGGGGCUUGUCUGAGGGAAGGAGCCAGUAUGGAGUCACCGCGGGACUUUCGAAUGUUUAAACGGAGCGAAAGGACAAGGUCCUCCUUAUCGUCCGGUUCAUCCCUCGCCAUGGAGAUGAAGAGAAAGAGGAUAAGAGAUGGUGUCUUGUUUGUACAAAACGAGAUGCUGGGUUUUUCUCAGGACUGUAAUCUCCAGGAGAAGAUGGACUUUGAGAUGCGAAUGAGAGCAGGGGCAUAUAAGCUUCUGGUGGCCAGUACCAAGAGAGAACAGAUCCUUGAUGCAGCCAAGAGCCUGUUAACCUGCAAUGCACGAAUCAAAGCCUACAUGACCGAGGCACAGAGGCGGAAGGAGCUGCAGGAUGUGCCUGGAAGUCUUAAAAGGAGGACUUCAGAGUCACAGAAUAGAACGCCUUGCAAAGGCAAAGUAGCCAUAACUGGUCUGCGGAUCCCGCUAUUUUGGAAGGAUUCUGAACAUUUUAACACCAAAGGGAAGCCAUGUCUUCUUUCUACAGACUCUCAGCGGGUUGCAGUCUUCUGUCUAAUGAAGAUUGGUUCUGAGAUAUUUGACACAGAAAUGGUGAUUGUAGACCGAACAGUGACUGAUAUCUGCUUUGAGGGUAUAACAAUCUUUUCUGAGGCUAAGCCGGACUUUGAGCUGGUUGUUGAGCUAUACAGCUGUGCAGUGGGAGAGGAGGGAACUUUGGUCAACACACCAAAAAAACUGGCCAGGAAGCUGCGGUCCUCUUUUGGGAAAGGAUCUGGAAAGAAACUCUGCCCCCUUCUGGAUGGAGGAGAUCCUGAUGCUUUUCUUCAGGCCAACCCAAUCCCACAUGGAGCAAAAUAUUCACUUUUGGCGUACACAACUCUGGGAUUGGAGCAGACCGGGAACUCGUUCCAGUCUCACUCACUCAUAGUUUUACAGAAUGUGGAAGCAUCAUCAUGGCUGCCUCUCUAUGGGAACUUGUGCUGUCAGCUGGUGGCACAGCCUGACUGCAUGACACAGGAUAUGAGGAGUGGUUAUCUUAGCCAGCAGCAAAGUGUUGAGGGUUUGCAGCACUGCUGUAGGCUGUACUGUGUGCUGAAAGCCGGUCUGCUCUCCUGUUACUUCACUCCUGAGGAGAUUCAAGCUAAGAUAGAACCCAGUGUUAUAAUCUCCAUAAACAAGGACACCCGCCUUCGUGUAGUGGAGGGCAACCAAAAAGCUGGGGCUAGGCUGAGCAUCAUUGAUCCAGGGACAGGAAACCCUGCUACCCAUGUAUUCAUAGCCGAGACACCUGACCUACUGCAGGAGUGGCUCAGUGUUCUGUUGCAACACAUCUAUGAUCAGAGUCAGUGGCAGCACACCUGUGAUAAGCUGAUGGAAAUUGAGGUUUUGUCCCCACCGAAACCCCCACUUUUUCUUACAAAGCAAGCUGACUCGGUCUACAAUGAUCUCAGUAUUGGCUCACCAGGCAAAUUUGAAAGUUUGACGGACAUAAUUCAUAAUAAGAUUGAAGAAACAGAUGGCCGCUUUCUUAUUGGUCAGGAGGAAGAAAGUGAGCCUCCUCAUUGGACAGCACUGUUCGAGGGCUCCCGGCCAAUGUUGGUGCAGAAGACUGUGUUAUCACCAGUUAAAGACGGCGCCCAGUUCAUGUCCAGUCCAGGCUUAAACGGCAACAAGAAGAGAAGAGCGCCUCCACCACCCCCUGACAAAUUACCAUUUGUCCAUCCCACUGCCCACCAGUCAUGUCCUCCAUCCUACCAGGAGAAGGAGAACUCCAACAAGGGGAUCAGGCCUCGUACUGGGCGACCGUCACUUGAUGCUAAAUUCUCAGCCAUCAUUCAACAGUUACAGAAGAGCCACGGACCCUCCCGCAAAAAUCCACCGUUAGCCCUGGUCGAGCCCUCUCAGAACCUUUCCGUUCCAAUCAAGAUGGAUACGGAGCUCAGUUUGUCUGAACAUGAAGAAAAAACAAGCGCCCAGGUGCCUCAGCCACCUUUGCCUGCCACGAGAAAUAAACUCAGCAAGUCCUUUAGAGAGAAGAUGAACCCCAAAGCUUGGUGAACUUCUAUAGUUAUUUUGUAUCUUACCAAACACUCAAAUCAGUCAUAAAUUCCUUUUGUCCUUACUACUUUUUUUUUUUUUCUCUCUCUCUACCCAUUUCAACACUACUACAACUGUAGUUUAUAAUCAAACAUUUUGGGCUACAGAACUGAUAAAUUACAUCAUGCAUAUUUUCAAACCUAACAUACUGAAAAUAAGCAGAGACUUGGGACUUAUCGUUCCUUGUCAUAUAGUGUGCACUUUUGAUAACUUGGCACAUGGCGUUGCAAGAAUGCACAUUAAGUAUUGUCUUCAUGUUGAUUUACAGCAUGCAUGCAUGCAUACAUGCAGCCUGUGUAGGUUAUUUCAAUAUUUAACUUGGGUAAAAGUCUUAAACUUUUUACUAUUAGUAGUAAUAAGUAAAGGGGGAAAAAAGUAACCACUCGCUACAAACACGUAUACAGAUUUGUAACAUUUGCUAUUUUUUGUACAAGACUAUUCAGUCAUGCAGGGUUUUUUUCCCGCUUUUUUUUCCCAUUUAAACAUAAUUAAUUCAUUGUAAAUUCAGAAGUGUUGUGUAGAUUUUUUUUUUUCUUUUUCCCCCUGAAUGUGUACUAUGAUGAUUGAAUGUCUAUUACUGAUCCCUGAAUGCUGUAUAGUGGCUAAAUUAAAUACUACAGUGCCUAUUAAACUGCACUUGAAUUUGGAUAUUCAUAGGAUUUAAUUAUCCUUUCAAUUUUGAUUAAGCUUAACAUUUCAAAUGAAAAAAUACCUUGUUAUAGGUGUGGAAAGUUGCAUAAUAAUGAGUUGUGUAGGAUGAAAGUGAACUGGAACACUGACUUUAAAAAAAAAUUAACAUUAUUUUUUUAAUAACAUUUUUAAACUGGCUUUAUGUCUGUAUUCCUUUUGUGAAUUAAUUAAUGCAACUAAGAGACAUUAAUUUCACAGUGGUUAAUAGUUAUAGUGCAAUACUUACAAUACCUUUCUAACAAUACCUUUUUUAAUUGUUUACUUUAAUUCAGAUCAAGUACAUUUCUGGUCUUUGCAGGUCAUGUCAUUUUUCUUUUCUGCUUGGUCCAGAAUAAAGCACUAACGAUUUUG